GCUCUCUGUGCCUCUAUAGUGAAAGCAGCCUGUGAAACACGGCACUGCAGCGCCUGUUCACACCACUGAUGGAUUAACCUGGAGCUCUGAUUUCAUGAACACAAAGGCUGAGCAACUGCACUGAACAAUGACUAUGUGGUGGCUCCUAAAGGUUUUGAUCCUAACUCUGGCCCUGUCGAGCCCAACCAGAUGCCAUAAGGGAAGGAGGAAAGGACAGAGAGAUGAUAACCAGGUCAUCAAUAAUGAAGCUAAAACUUUGAUCUGCCCAGUGGAGAUCAUGUUCAUCGCCGACAGUUCAGAAAAAGCCAAAUCUUUGUUGUUUGAGCAACAGAAGGAGUUCAUCCUGGACUUCAGCAACAAGCUCAUGCAGCUCCACUCGACCGGCUGGCGCCUGCGUCUGCGCCUGGCCGCUCUGCAGUACAGCAGCAUCGUAUCAGUGGAGCACAACUUCAGAGACUGGCAGGACUUGGAUGUCUUCCAGAGCAGGGUGGCCUCCAUGACCUUCAUCGGUCAUGGCACCUACUCCGCCUAUGCCAUCACCAACGCCACCCAGCUGUUCAAAAGUGAGACGUCUCCCAGCAGCCUGAGGGUGGCGCUUUUGAUGACGGACGGAACGGAUCACCCACGCAGCCCCAGUGCUGUGACGGCUGCUGCUGAGGCCAAACAGCACAACAUCAGGGUGUUCACCAUCAGGCUGUCGGGCCUGCUGAAGGAUGGUCCCAUGGUGUCAAAACUACGAUCCAUCGCCAGCGCCCCCCCACAGCAGCACGUCCUCAGCCUCACCGACCCCCGGCUGGAGGACAGACUCUUCAGUGAACUGAACACAAUUGUCAAAACUGGAUGCCCACAGCCAAAAAGCUGUCUGUGUGAAAGAGGGGAGAGGGGUUACCCUGGAAGGCCGGGGAAAGCAGGCGAGCCGGGGUCUGAUGGAGCUCCAGGUCUAAAGGGAUCUCGUGGGGAAUCUGGCAUCAACGGACGUCCAGGAAUGGAGGGGCUCCAGGGUCGACAUGGCAGCAAAGGGGAAAAGGGAGAACAGGGUGAAUGUGGUGCUGUCGGCAAAAAGGGAGAAGAAGGUGCAGACGGACUUCCUGGCCCCAGAGGCCCCAAAGGAGAGCAGGGAGCCAGGGGAAGACCUGGAGACCAGGGUCCAGAGGGGCCAUCGGGAUCUAAAGGUGACCGAGGAGUGAGGGGUGCACCCGGACCUCCUGGAGAUAACGGCAUUGGAUUCCCUGGUCCCAAAGGCGACAAGGGGAACCAAGGGAGACCAGGCUCUCCUGGACCAAUGGGAAGGGGUGAACCAGGGACACUGGGGCCAGCAGGGCCAGCAGGGAUGCAAGGAGCCCCAGGGUUUCCAGGUGAAGGUCUCCCAGGCCCCAAGGGUGACAGGGGGUAUGAAGGUCUCAAGGGAAGCCGUGGACUUCAAGGAGUCGGGCAAAAAGGCGAUAAGGGAAACACAGGAGGCCCCGGGCUGCCAGGUUUGGUUGGGUUUCCAGGGGCAGGCCUCCAAGGAGAAAAGGGGGACCUAGGGCCAGUUGGACCUUCUGGUCCCAGAGGAGCUCCUGGACUGAGCAUAGUUGGACCAAAGGGUGACCAGGGUUUCCCCGGAGAAUCUGGACCUCAGGGAGAAAGAGGUAUUGGUGAGGCAGGACCAAAGGGGGAGCCAGGACCUGACGGAGCUGCUGGAAUACCUGGCAUUCCUGGUGAGGAUGGAGCUGUUGGGUCUAAGGGAGAAAUGGGUGUGCCAGGUCUGCGAGGCCUCGAGGGAACACCGGGGAAAGGCAUCCCUGGAGAAAAGGGAGACAGAGGUGACCGUGGCCCAAGAGGACUUUCAGGGGUUCCAGGUCCAGUUGGACCUGCUGGCGCUAAGGGAGAGCCUGGGAGUCCAGGAAUGAUGGGGCUAACAGGAGCUGCUGGUCGUGGAUUACCGGGGGAAAAGGGGGAGUCUGGGCCUGUAGGACCAGCUGGUCCUGUUGGAGAACCUGGAGUAGGAAUUGUUGGACCAAAGGGUAAUAAAGGAAAUACUGGACCUGUGGGGCCUCCAGGAAUGAAGGGAGAUGGCUUACCAGGACCACAGGGACUGCCUGGCUUACCAGGACUGCAAGGAGAGAUGGGACCUGAAGGGAAAGGACUACCGGGAUCAAAGGGUGACAGAGGCUUAACAGGGGUGCCAGGGCCAUCAGGUCCUCCAGGAGUUGGACUUUAUGGACCAAAGGGCUCUAUAGGUCAGCUUGGUCCACCAGGCUUGCAAGGGCCUCAAGGAGAGGGUAUCCAGGGUCCAAAGGGGGAACCCGGAUUUCAGGGGCCAAUGGGUCCUCGGGGUGCGCCAGGCGAUGGCUUUCCAGGGGAGAAGGGUGAUAGAGGCAUUACUGGAGACCGAGGAAAGAAAGGAGACAAAGGAGACUAUGGAGAACCUGGAUCUACUGGAUCGAUGGGGCGAUCUGGAGAAAAGGGGGAACCAGGGCUGACAAGAGAGGAAGUAAUCAGGAUUAUACGGGAAAUCUGUGGCUGUGGGCUCAAGUGCAGAGAGAGCCCGCUGGAGCUGGUCUUUGUGAUAGACAGCUCAGAGAGUGUAGGACCAGAAAACUUCGAGUUGGUUAAGGACUUUGUAACCACUAUUAUUGACCGAGUGUCGGUGAGCCAAGAUGCCAGUCGUAUCGGCGUGGUGCUCUACAGCCACAUGGUGAAGGUGGUAGUCAGUCUGGAGCUGCAGCUCAGCCAGGACGAAAUCAAGGACGCCGUCAGAAAGAUGCCGUACAUGGGCAAGGGUACCUUCACAGGUAGUGCCAUCCAUCGAGCCAACCUGCUGUUCCAGGCCUCGCGGCCCGGUGUGAGGAAAGUGGCUGUGGUUUUAACGGCCAGGAAUGCCGACGAACGUGAUGUCAUGAAUUUUGAAGAGACAGCAGCAGAGGCCCACAACGAAGGGAUCGAGAUGUUUACUAUAGGAGUCAUGGACAAGGAUGACUUUCAGUAUGAAUGGUUUGAGGCUGAGAUGAACGUUAUUGCUUCUGAUCCUCAUGAAGAGCACAUCUACCUCAUCGAUGACUUCAGGAAACUUCCCAAUCUGGAAAGCAAAUUACUGAAUCGGAUUUGUGAUCAGGAAGACAUAAUGGAAUUUCCACCAAACUCUGUUUUUCCAUCUGCGGAAAUCCAACCAGAAGUUUUCUCUACGGCGUUCCCAGAGGAGGAAAACAUAGAAUUCGAACUCCCAACAGAGCUAGUAACAACACCGACUCCAGGGCCCCAAAGGCACCAAAGCCCCGAAGUGGCCUCCGUGGUGGGUCCUCAAACUCCGGCCGACUGGCUGUAUGAGGUCGUGAGCACACAAGCUCCAGUCAGCCCUCCUCCUCCACCCCUGACAGACUCACCAGUGCCAGAUGACGGGUGCAGUCAGUCUCUGGAUCCAGGUCCGUGUCGAGAGUACGUAGUCAGGUGGUAUUAUGACCGCGAGGCCAAUGCUUGCGCCCAGUUCUGGUUCGGAGGCUGUCAGGGCAACGCAAACAACUUUGAGACUGAAGCCAAAUGCAGGAGUUCCUGCGUGUACACGUAACGGACUGUGUUUGGAGAAAAGAGUGUGUGCUGACACACUCCGUCAGCGUGCGUCGACGAUGCAAGCUUUACUGUUUGAACAGCGCUCAGGCGAGGAGCUGCUGCUGUGGUCACACUGCUGCAGGUGAAGGAGAUGAUGUAGAGCAGACUUGGGACCUCCUCGCCGUCUCUCAGGCUACGGUCACACUGCAGGUGCUCCUUGUAGCACCCCAUAAUGUAAUAAUUCCCUGAAAAUGUAAUAAAAUUUGCACUUAACUCGAUCGGAAAUGUAACAAAAGCCAAUAGUGUAAUAACUUCAGCAAUAAUGUAAUAAAAUAUCCUGACUGAACAUUUUUACCGAUAAUCGAAUACCUUAUUACAUUAUUGGGAAUUUAUUACAUUUUCAGGAGGGUUUUUUUUUUUCUUUCCAAAACUGAUUAUGUAAAACUUGACAGAUAAUGUAAUAUAUAUGUUCAUUUUACAUUUUGUGUUUUGAGAAUCUAAGAAUGUUAUAUACACUGGAUUUGAAACAACAGAAAGACUAUUGGGUUAAAUUACAGACCUUGAGUACCAUAUGCACAUGUGCAGAUACGCAGGGACAUGCAACUACAUCCUGGUCUUACUGAGUGAGGACUUACCUCCUUAGGAGACCAGAAUUCCAGCUCAGAUAAGCUUCUGAGCAGCACUGGAGAUCCCAGGUAACUCUUCCCUAAACGUACCUCUACACUGAUUUCCAACAAAUCACUACCUCAUGAAAACAACCACAAACCGACAACAAACAACUUAAUUUGAAGAGGAUAUACAUAAGCAUUCAUACACAUUACAUGACACCUGACAUAAACCUACGCCUACAUAUCCACUCAAACGGUUAUUAUAUCACUUACUCUAUGUCAAGCGACAUAGUGGUCAGCUGACAUACUGUCAUCCUUCUAGUAUAUUAUGAGAUUUACUUGUGGUAAGUGCAAAUUUUAUUACAUUUUCUGGAAAUUAUUACAUUAUAGGGUGCUACACUCCUGCUCAAAUCUGAACUGUUGUACAUGCACCAGAUGUCUGAUCAUUAUAGAGAUGUAUAUCGACUGAAACCAAUACAAGCUGACAGGAAUUUUUACU